AUGAUCACGCGAAAAAUCGGUCCCGCGCUCGCCGCCGGAAACUCAGUCGUAAUCAAGCCUCCCAGCGAGACGCCUUACACGGCGUUGGCGUUGACGAAACUUGCCGUAGAGGCCGGUCUCCCACCGAAAACAAUCCAAGUGGUGCCCACAAAGAACCGCCAGGCUGCCACGGAGCUAGCGACGAACCCGCUCGUUAAGAAGAUCAGCUUCACUGGAUCGACGGGCGUGGGGAAGAUGCUGGCGAAGCUGGCGACAGGGACCUUGAAGAAGGUCAGCUUGGAACUCGGUGGUAAUGCGCCGUUUAUUGUCUUCAAUGACGCGGAUCUUGACCUCGCCGUCGAGGGUGCCAUGUUCUGCAAGUUCCGAUGUUCUGGUCAAACGUGUGUCUGCGCGAAUCGAUUAUAUGUCCAAAAAGGUAUCGCCAAAGAUUUCACGGCCAAGCUCGUUCAGAAAGUCGCCGCUCUUCAAGUCGGUGCAGGUCUAAGCUCCGCCACCACCCAGGGACCACUGGUGAACAAAUCUGCGGUAGACAAGGUCACUGAGCACGUAACGGACGCCGUCUCGAAGGGUGCCAAGAUCGAGAUUGGUGGUAAGACCCCGGGAUCGGCAGGGUUUUUCUAUGAGCCCACGGUGCUCUCCGGCGUCACUCCAGACUCGCUAGUUAGCAAGGACGAGACCUUUGGCCCUCUCGCCCCGGUAUUUGAGUUUGAAACCGAGGAGGAUGCGAUAAAACUCGCGAACGACACAGAGUUUGGCCUUGCGGGCUACUUUUUCUCCAAAGAUAUUGGACGCGCGAUGCGGGUUGCGCAGCGGCUCCAGGUGGGGAUGGUGGGUGUCAACACAGGCAAGAUCAGCGCGGCAGAGGCGCCGUUUGGAGGUGUCAAGGAGAGUGGUUAUGGAAAGGAGGGCAGUCUUUACGGGCUCGAGGAAUACCAGAAGUUAAACCUACCCCAAAACUUGUCAGGAUACAAGAUAAGUCGCGCAGAUUCUGCAUUCGAAAUACCCAUCAUGUCUCGAACAUACAAUGUCGCAUCGAUACCCGGCGAUGGCAUAGGUGUGGAGGUCAUCGAGCACACGGUCAAGGUAAUACGGGCCCUCGAGCAGCGACUAGGAUCAUUUAGCGUACGAUUCACAACGUUUGACUGGAGCUCGGAGCGGUAUAAGCAGGUGGGCUCCUAUAUGCCAGAGGAUGGCCUAGAGACGCUGAAGGAAUAUGACGCCAUUUUGUUCGGUGCUGUCGGCUCACCAGAUGUCCCGGACCAUAUUUCUCUCUGGGGACUGAUUUUACCGAUUCGCAAGCGAUUAGAUCAAUACGUCAACGUUCGCCCGAUCACAGUUCUCCCCGGGCUAUCUUCGCCCCUGAAGGACAAGACUGCCGCCGAACUAGACUGGAUCAUGAUCCGCGAAAACAGUGAGGGUGAAUAUGCCGGUCAGGGAGGAACGACGCACGACGACACGCCAUAUGCGAUUGCCAACGACGUUUCCGUGUUUACAAGAAUAGGUAUCGAGCGUACGAUGCGUUUCGCAUUCGAAACGGCGCAAAACCGACCUCGCAAGAAGCUGACCAUGGUGACCAAGAGCAACGCGCAACGACACGGCAUGGUGCUCUGGGACAAGGUCUUCGAGGAGCUAGUUCCGCAAUACCCGGAGGUGCAGACAGACAAAAUGCUGGUCGAUGCUAUGACGGUUCGGAUGGUGCUGAAGCCCGAAAGCCUCGACACCAUCGUGGCCACGAACCUGCACGGCGAUAUCCUGUCGGACUUGGCGGCGGCACUCGCAGGCAGCAUCGGUGUCGCACCUUCGAGCAACCUCAACCCAACAAGGAAAUAUCCCAGCAUGUUCGAGCCCAUUCACGGCAGCGCGCCGGACAUCACGGGCAAAGGCAUUGCAAACCCGGUGGGAACCUUCUGGAGCGCAGCCGAGAUGCUGAGAUGGCUAGGAGAAGGCGAGGCGGCUGCCGACCUCAUGGAGGCCAUUAAGAAGGUGUUGGACGCUGGCAUCCGGACGCGAGACGUCGGAGGGACAGCAAAUACAGCCGAAGUGACAGACGCGGUCGUGCAGGCGUUGUUAGACGCUUCGUGA